ACUUCGCUAAAUUCGCAGCGCUUAAGUGCUUUAUCAUUUUUGAAGUAUCUGUCAGUUUUUUUGGUUAUGAAAUAUGUAAUUAAUAUGAAUUGAACGUGAAACAUGUCUCAUUGUACCUAAAACAGUAUUAUUCGAAUAUUUGAACGUAUUUCCGAUUACGAAACGAUUAACAUCUAAUUACAUGUUAAAAGUAUGACUGGAUUACUUGCGUUUUGUAUAGUCCUUUUUAUACUUUAUUGUUAUUUUACAUGGGUGAUACCAAGAGUGCUGGCAUGGCUAGUGAAGCGUCGUUACAAAAUUCAUUUACGAGUGGGCCAUAUUUCUCUACCUUAUUUUAUUCUUCGUGAUGUUAAUAUAACUAAAAAUGGCUUCACAUUGCAAGUUGAAGAAAUAAGUGUACGUAGCAGUUUGUUUAGUAGUGAUGUGGCAAAAUUAUUAGCUGUUGUUAUGAGGGAUGUCAGAAUAAAUAAAGAUGUCCCAGUUGGCCCAACAUACAAAAUAAAACAAUCCAAUGAAGUGCUAGAUUUUAGAAACAAAAAGAUACCUCCAAUAAUUAUAACAUUUGUACAGUUUAUGGCUGUGCAUGUGGAGAACAUAAGCCUGUUGGCUCUUGGCAAUGGUUGGUUAGCAAAUGGAAGUGCAGAGAGCCUCAGUUUGGAUGGUAGUAUUGUACAUGGUGCACGCACACUCUUAGCAUCAGCUUCCAUUGUUGGUGGUGCUAUGAAAUUAUUGCGACACGCUUCUGACGCGUGUCUCUCACAAAUAACAUUUGCUGGAACAGUAGAAGCCACAUUUAAAGCUCAGGGGGAACUUUCGGUUGAGACAUUAUAUAUCGGAAUAACACAGACCGAAGGUUCCGGCGGUGCGGGCCUUAUCAAUUUCUUGAGGGACAGACAAACACUGAGUCCUGCAGCAUCAUGCCACAAUGUAAAUAGUGAUUCGUCCAGUAAUAUAAUGGCUAGAUUAGCGCCUAUUUUACCCAAAGACUUUACAUUAAAAAUUGGUAAUUCGUUGAUAAUAGCUGGUAGAGAAGACAGCAGUAUGACAGGUUUGGAGGGUACCUUGAGAAGUCUUCAGGUCAACGCAAAAUUUCAAGCUAAUGGAGCGCGAUUGAAUUUUACCGUCAAUUUAGAUGGCUUAUGCAUACGCGGAAAACUUCCUAUUUUAACUCUGCAGUCAUUGUCGAUCGAAACAAAAAUGGAGAAGAACGUGUUAUUUAUUAGUGAACAACUCAAUAAUCUGUCGAUAAUGUACGAUCAUAGAGACUGGGAAUCGUUGCUGUACACUAAUGAGAAUGAUUUUUCGGAGCCUGUCGCUAAUAUAUCGUUGAAAGAUCGACUACCAACUUUCGAAGUGAGACUAGAUACGGAGCUAUAUGAUUCUUCGUUGAAUAUUAAAUUACCGGACGUGCAAGAAGCGUCUUGCGGUGUCGCACACAUGAAAUUCUCCUUUAAUUCAGCCUCAGAAAAAAACGAGGAUAUAAAUACAGAAUUGGUUGUCGAGUCUUUGUAUUGUGCUCUGAACGGCGUCAACGGCAACAUCUCCGAGACAUCUCAUCAAUGGGGCAGCCCGCUGUCUAUCGGAGUAUUACUAGCGACCACUCGUAGUAACGCCAUAGGAAUCGCAGUCGACGCUCUCGUGACGGAAUGGAGUUUGGAGCUCGCUAAAUUUCUGGAACAAGCUUAUAGUUGUUGCAAGAAGUAUCAACAACCAAUAGUGAAGAAGAAAGAUGCGGUGUCGCGUAGUCCUAUUCAGUUGAAUCUGAAAAUUACGAAUUGCAAUCUAUUCUUCAUCGCGGAAAACGAGCUGUCCAUAAUGAUGCGUCUGGACAUUGCAACUGUGGAGCAAAGCGCAAAGCGAUUUGUAGGCGUGGCGGAAGGUAUGAGUGCAAUAACUCUCAACAAGAACGAGCCAGUUAUGUGCCAGCACGCGCAAGCUUUGACCCAUUCGUUUUUGGCAAUACGGAAAUGCAAAGCUGCGAUUAAUUCCGAUGCCGUCAACAUCAGUCUCGAUGGCACAAAUCUAGCGUGGAGUCCCAAUUUGCAUCUUCGCUUGUUGCAAUUCUGGGUAGAGUCCGAGAAUUUCAGAUCUAUUAUUUCGAAUGAAAUGAGCGCAACUCGUAUCGAAGAAGUACAGAAGAAGAAACGCGUUUUGGAUUUGCUAGCCACAGGUGGGAUCACUGUCUCCAUCGACAUCUCUACCAAACACUUCUUGAUAUUAACUUCUGAUCAACUGCGUUGGUCGCAGGGCGAAUGGAGGCUCAACUACGUGCGAGUCACGUUAGACAUGGCCGAUAUAAUAAUGAUCGAAGGUUUCGAAUUAGUGCGAGUGACCGAUAAUGCGGAAGUUCGAGUGGAGAGACAGAGCAACGAGGGCUUCGUGUUGGAUUGGAACGAAUGUUGGGCGCUGAAUGUGGAUUCUAUUAAAAUCUGCUUUCCGUAUGAGCAUCAAUUCACAAACGCGAUACAGAACGAGCUGUUCAGCAUCAGGAGGUGGCUGAAGGAGAUCCAUUCUUCGAACGCGUCCAUACAAAAGUCUCUGCCUUGCGAUCUAAUCAUCAAGAUCAAGGAGUGGACGUUUGAGGUCGGCGACGAUCCGUUUGAGGUGCGUCUGCGCGACAACUACGAGUUGCUGGAAGACGAGUAUAAGGAGAGCUUGAAACGGCAAGCGAUGUUGGACGCCAAGGUGCAGGAGCUCUGUCGCGCGCAUUUACUACUGCCGCAGGGGAAGGUCGAAGAACUGUACGCCAGUCUGAAUAAAAAGAACGCGGAGAUCUACGUGCAGAGGUGGAAGCAGAUGCAGCGGGCUGGUCCCGCGAGAACCCGACUGUUCGCUUGGAUCAUGCUGGAUCUGGAGAUAUUGGCUUUGGCUGAUCCGUCCAUCAACGGUACGGAGAAGGCGAUAAGGGCACUUCGGGAGAUGGACCCAGAAACACCGUGGCCCGAAGACGGCUUGGAAUUUAGUACGCUGUGGAUUAGGGGGAUCAGCCUAAAGUGUGCAGAAUGGAAGCUCCAACUUCGCGAUUUCCCGCAGCCGUUGCUCCUGGUGGAAAACCUGAAUAUAUGGGGUAGAUUAGCUGGGGCGGAAGCUCUAGCGCCGCUGAGGGCGAAGAGGACCGUCAGGAUCGAGAUUGGCGCACCGUGGGAGGACAUAGUCGUGGAGAGAGGCAUGACAUCUCUCAAGUAUUAUCAUGAUCUCAAUUGGGACAUUGACAAGUUCAGAUAUGCGUUCGGGCCGUGCUGGGAGCCGGUGAUAGCACAAUGCAACCUCAGUUUCGAGAAGAUCCUACAUCCAUCGCGAGACCCGAGUCCUCCGUUACCGUUCUGGGAUAGAAUGCGAUUGGCUCUUCACGGUAGAUUGACACUCUGCGUGAAACGGUUGACGGUGUUGCUGCACGGCUCCCUGGAUCCUUACAAUACUACGGAAGAGAUGGAGCUAACGUGGACCGGGCUGGAACUUGACUGGACGCAAGGGAAGAUCAUCAUUAAGGGAGAUCUCGACGUGUACGUGCGAACAGCUAGUAAAUACGACGAUUGUCGAUUGCUGCAUUUACCUAACGUCAGAUUGAGUAUCAAGCUGGCGUGGGUAUGCCUGGGCGACCCACGCGACCAUCACGCCGCGACGCCCUGCGCCCCGGAUCGAUUACCUGAAUACUCCAGCAAUCAAGAGCACGACUCUUUCAGGGCAUUCCGCUCUCAGAAUCUCAACGUCAGUCUCUCACUGGAGACUAAACCGACCGGUUCGCCUACGCUGACCAGCGCGCCAACAGCCCUGCUCUAUGGCAGCACGUUGAGGUGGUUUGAGAAUCUCAAACUAAUACUGUCGGGUGCGACGAGACCCACGAGAAAGGGUCCGCUGUUCAAGAACACUAGACCCAGGAAAAAACAGCUUAGUAGACAUUACAGGAAGGUGCGACUGACACUAGCCUUUCAUCGAUUCCACGUGAAUUAUUGGAUGUCUUUCGCGAUGCAACGAGGCUUUGAGGUGACCGGCGGCAGAGUGGCUUGCAGCUCAGAGCACAAUCUGGCGCUGCAUCCGAUCGACGACGGUCUGAUACAUCGACCACGCGCGGAAUGGUCCGUGGUGUACAUGAAUUGCGAGCUCAGCGACGCCGAGAUCUGGUUAAAGAGCGCCUUACAGGAAGAGGAAGAGAGCGCAUCGCUGCGUCAGCCGGUCGAAAAGUGUUACUGUUUGAGUGUCGCCCGGGUCAGCUAUGGCAGGGAGGCGAUGGUCGUGGGUAUAAGCGGCGACACACCGAUUCAUCGACUAGUGGUGCAUGAUCUGAGGGGCGCCUGGACCAAGACGAAUCGUGACGUCGCGUUCGCGCUCUUCGACUCCUUCAUAAAGACCCAGCAACUCAAAAAGAAUCUGUCGACUGCGGCGCUCAAAGGUUUUCACCGAGACAACAGCACGACACCACACAAAAACCGUCGUACCAGACCUUCCGUGGGCGACCAACAGAACACACCCACCCAGGUGACUCCCUCAUCCGCCGUGAAGCCACAACAAGGCGAAGCAGUUGGAAUGUUGCAAAGGCUGAUAGCGGAGGCUACAAACAAGCCGGUAGCUUUCAGCGACGACCUAUCGGUGCAGACCAGGGGACAGCAAUUACGUGGACUAGCGGCCUGUCAUCAAGACGACGUAUUGCACAAAAACUGGCUGAUUGCUUUGGUGAACAGUCAAGUGCUGUUAAAAGGUAUUGAGACCCGUGGCUAUGUGAUUCUCUCGGCAGCCAAGGCGGAGAUACUUCAGAGGGUUCAUCAUCCGGUCUGGAAGGAGCGGUCUCUUGUCCCGAAGACGACUUGGGUCGGCUCAUUGGAAUGUAUGCAGUAUUACGCCACUGUGAGCGCGAACAUCGAUGAUAACAUCGAUGAUAAUAUCAUGUGGCUGACAUUGGAUAACAUACAGGAAAAAGAUUCAACCGUCAUAGCCGGCUUGCCGGAUGUCCCAGCGCUGGUAGGAUCCGGCCAGAGUGUAGGUGGAGUGAUUAGUCAAACAGUGGGAGGUGGUGGAGGCCCUCAGCAUCAAUUACAGCGUAUAGUGUCCCGUUGUAAAUGCGAGUUCUUCUAUGUCGGUUACGGUCAGACUUUGGAUGUAGGCUCCGUGGAUCAAGUGCCGCCGCCUCCCAGAGAGGAAGUCAGUCCGUGGGAGAGAAAGGACUUAUCCGCGGCCGACGCGUUCACGCUGAUGCAUCAUGAUCUGGACGUGUGCACCAACUCGUUGCAAUAUGCAAUGAUCUUGGAUAUAGUUAACAAUUUGCUGCUAUACGUGGAACCGAGACGAAAGGAGGCUUCGGAGAGAUUGCAAAGGAUGAGAUUCCAACUGCAGUUGCAUUCCGUCGAGGACCAGAAGAGGCCGAUACAACAGCUGCAGAAUACGGUGCGCUGCUUGGUGGCAAAAUUGAGAAGGUUGGAACGCGAAACGUAUCUGGUGCAGAAAGCGUUGAGCGACGAAUCCAGUCCGGAAUUACUAACGGAAAUGGAACGGCUGGAAGCGAGCGUCUUUGAGUGUAAGGAACAGCUCAGCGCUAAGGCGGAGGAACUGGACGUAAUGUUGAACUGUUACAAAGAGACCACCGCGCCUGCCGCCGCGUCGACCACCUUGAAGGACAAGCCAGCCGCGGUGGCCAGAGUGGCUGAGAUUUGCUUCAAACACGCUCAGUGGAGACUGACGGACGCGGACGGUCAGCUGGGUAUUGCUGACCUUAUCUUAACUAAUUUUCUGUAUACUAAAACGAGUAAAACCGACGACUCGGUGGAGCAUCUGCUGGAGCUGGGAUACGUGCGGAUGACGAAUCUAUUGCCGAAUCAGAUCUAUACGGAGGUGCUUACGCCAACGGAGUUGCAGAGCAACAUGCCUGUCGAUCGGCAGAGAGCUCUACGGGUCUUCUGUAGGGAAAAAGCGCCGGUGGCGGGUAUAUCUGUGAAGGAGCACUUCGAAAUCAACGUAGUGCCUCUUACGAUAGGUUUGACGAAGAAGUUCUUCAACACUAUGCUGAAGUUCUGCUUCCCCGAGAGGGAUCCGGAGGGUAUAGAGGAAGCACCGGCGCCGCAACGUGAUUCGUCCUUUUACGUUCCCAUCGAGAGGAGAGACGACGUGGAGAAGAUGAAGGAGCGGGCUGAUAAGAACAAACUGUUCAUAUACAUCAAGAUACCAGAAGUACCUGUUCGCGUGUCAUACAAGGGAAAUAAAGAAAAGAAUCUCGAAGACGUGCGCGACUUCGCACUAGUCAUACCGACCUUGGAGUACCACAAUGUCACGUGGACGUGGCUCGACUUGCUCUUGGCUAUGAAAAGUGACUCCAGGCGCGUGAUACUGAGCCAAGCUAUCAAACAAAAACUGCAAAUAAAGCCGAGGGGACCACCCGAGGAAUCGGCACCGCAGGAAGAGGACAAGGCUCGUCUUUUGUUAGGUACUAGACAUUUACCCGGGGACGCGAGAAAGAAAAGCGUCUUUAAGUUUAAAUAAUUUAUAUACACCCCGUAAUAUGUAUUUUUCUUUACGCAGUAUAGUAAUUUAUUUAUUGUGGUACCGGUGAUCAUUGUGUGUUACGAUCUUAUGUGCAUGUCGCGUAAAAAUAAAUUGUACAAAUUA